ACCUACCCCAACAUAGACAACAUACUGCUCUGGAUUUCCCCAAGAUCUGUACUGGCAGAUAUCCUCUCAAUCUACAAACAAUGUCUCUCCCCACCCAAUUCCUCCGCGCAAAUGUCAGAACUGCCUCGCGCGCAUCGCUGCGACGGGGCUACGCGACCGGCCACGACGAGCGCACACAGCAGACGCUAAAGACGUCGUCGCGACUAACUUGGCUCACCACCUCCGCCGCCGCCCUCGCUGCCGGCGCAUACUACUACACCAGCACCUCAUCCGACGCCUCCUCCUCCUCCCCCGCCCAGAAGAUUUCCGAGAAGAUCGACCACGCAAAGCACUCCGACCUCGAAGCGCCGAAGCCCGUGGAAGACAGGCAUGGUGAUACAGUGGCUAAGCACGCGAUGGCAGCGCAUAAGAACCAGCAUAAAGUGCGCGAGGGCGUGUUCAGCAGGAAGGAGUUUGACAAUCACCUGCAGAAGCAUUCGACGGAUCCAAGUAAGGAUUUUGAGGUGAAGAAGUAGGGAAGGUUAGGGAGAGGAGGGAAGAGGGAGGCGGUGAGGAAAGGUUGUAGGAGAGAUGUACGAUACCCUGG